AUGAGCGACGCGAUCCUACCUCCACCCCGCCGCCACUCCUCUGCUGCUCCGGCCACGGCAGUACGCACUCACUCGGAUUCCAGCUCUGGUGAUGGAGAUUUCGAGACGUGCUUGGAACAGUCUACUGGUUAUGCUGCUAGGGGAGAGGUAAUCGGCGAUUCUGAAGGAAGGUCGGAUAAUAAGCAGAAGAGGAAGAGAACCAGUCCUGCGGACCAGGCCAUCCUAGAGGCCGAGUAUAAACAGAAUCCCAAACCAAACAAGUUAGCACGCGCCGAAAUUGUAGAGAAGGUCUCCUUGAACGAGAAAGAAGUACAGAUAUGGUUUCAGAACAGAAGACAAAUAAACAGACGCAAAUCACGCCCGUUAUUACCUCACGAGAUCGCAGCAUUUGGAUUGGGAGGUAUGGCUGCACUUUCCUCUGACCCAGCAUCUAUGGCAGGAUACAGCAGCAGUCCAAGUAUGGAGGAGACCGAGCCAAGUUCGCAAGCAGACGUCAAUACCAGCCAAGAAGAAUCAGAAAGCCGCCAGGAUGUUGUACAAGAAGCUGCUCUGCCCAAACCAGCGGAACGCUCUGUGGAAAUCGAAAAGAAAGUCGACGCGGAGGUGGCAGCUGUUGUUGAAGAGGUUGUUGCAACACUGCCACCACCGUUAUUUCGCCAGACCUCAUCUGGAGCCUCUAUCACCGAGUCUAGCUCAUUUCCCGCACCGGAAGCUACCACUAAAUCAUUCUCAUCCACACCCGGAUAUCUUGCAAAUCGAUGGAACGCUUACAACAGCUCAUUCUCUACUCCUGCGUCCUCUCAAGCUGCUGUAUUUACAACACCCGCGAUUUUCAAAGCAACCCAGCCAAAUUCAUGCCCAGAGCGUAUUGAUGAGACUAUAUCCUCAUCCUCAUCUAAUGUUCGACUAUCACUCUCUUUAGACGGCAAGGCAGAGCUCAUCUCGACCACUCCAUCACCACCACGCCACUACGCUACCCGUCCUACUUCCUCCUCAGGCUCCAUGCUGCCUCAGAGAAGAAUGGGUUUGCAGAGAAGUCAGAGUGCAAUCUUAUUUGGACCCUGCCAUUCCAGUACACAACCUGGAGUAUCCUUAAUGCCUCGAUUGCCUACUGGGCGAUCGAGAGACGCUCGAACCUGGGAAACUUGCUGUGACGGAGAGGUCCGAGACGAACUUACUACUCUCGCCGAAAAUGAGUCCCAUGGCUCUGCCGUGGCAGCUAUUAGUCUUAUUCGUUCCAGCAGUAGCGCUGCUCUCAAGGCGAACCCUAACAAGCGUAACGCACCAGCUAUGAAGCAUGAUUCUGCUAAGCAAGGCAAGAAACAAAAGCUUGGAAGAUCAGUAUCCAGUGUUGCCAGAUUGCAGAAUCCCAGCAAGAUUUCUUCAAACGCAGCUCCAGAUCCAUCUGACUACACAAAAGACGGUCUCUUGCGAUCACCUUCUGGAGAUUCAGAUAAGGAAAACUGGCUGCCACGUGAGAAUGGAGGAAAUCCUCGGCGCAGGCCGCUUCCCAGCAGCCGAUCAGAUAAGCAGCCUCAAUCUCGAACUGUGCUUGGCGAGAACAAGAACAUACCAACUCAUGCCGAUUUCGGUGGCAAUAGAAAUAGGAAGCGAAAGCCAGUGGCGGAGCACGCGAUCUUUGAGGAUCCGGAGAACAGUACAGAGGUGGGCGAAGAAGUUGAGAAGUUUAUGCGUGGUGAGGUCAGCCCGAGUAAAAAGGGUGAUCUGGACUGCAUUCAAGGAUUGCUUUCUCUCAGCCAGGGCAAUUGGCGGUAG